UAUCACCAUAGGUAAGGGGUACGUAUUGAGCUUUGGAUUGAAAAAGGAGGUGUAGAGUGUAGUCAAUUCUUCUCUCGCUGCCGUUAGCGGGUUCUCUUUACCCACCCACCGCUGCCAUUUUAGGUUUUCUCUCUUUUGGCAUCUGGAUCUCAAUCAAAUGGUUCUUCUUCAACCAGACCCGUUUCUUAAUGAACUUACAAGCAUGUUUGAGCGCAACUCUGAGACAGGCUCUGUUUGGGUUACUCUUAAACGAUCAUCCUUGAAGUCUAAGGUGCAAAAGAACAAAAUGAAGACUGCUGGACAACCCAUUGAAUAUCGAUGCCUUGUUCGUGCAACUGAUGGCAAAAAGACAAUUUCCACUUCGGUUGGAGCGAAGGAUCACCAGCGCUUUCAAGCUUCUUAUGCCACCAUUCUUAAGGCCCGUAUGACUGCUUUGAAGAAGAGGGAGAGGAAGGACAGGAAAAAGGGUGCAGAGGAUAAGAAAGAAAGUGGUUCAAAGAAGCCGAAAAGGGUGUGAAGGAUUUUUACCAGUGGUUCUGUACAAACUCAUCCACUUUCCAUUGCCUUCUAGCUGGAAAAUGCUAGGUUCUUUUUUCUCUUGAGAAUUUAAAAAAUUAUUUAAUGUGAAGCAAUUACAGUGAUUGAAGACAAGGGCUUUUGUUUUGAUGCCCCUUAGGUAUGAAUUUUCUGAUCAGGCUGAUAUUUAUAUGAAAGGAUUUGCCAGAGAUUUUAUUGUCU